AUGGAUAUCGAUAAAACUAUGAAAAGACAUUCAGGUAAAAAAUACAAGUUUUCAAAGAAUGAUUUAACACUUGAAAAACCAAUUUUAAAAGAAUUAACAACCAAAGAUUCUUGUAGUGAUGAUGAAGAAAUAGAAUUUGAAGGAUGGGUCGAAUUCAUUACAAAGGAUGAUAAAUGCACAGAUGAAAAUGAUGACUAUGAAAAAGAACCUAAAAUUACUCAAGAAAAAAGAAAUAGUAAUAUAAAAUCACGAAGAGAUUCCAAUAAAAAUAAUUCUUCCAUGAAUGAUCAAUAUCCUAGAUACUCAUAUACGUCACCAAGCUAUUUUUAUGAACAACCACAAAAUAUCAUACCAUUAUGCAAUCAGACAAAUUAUACUAACGAAAAUAAAAUUGUUUAUCCAAUGUAUUUGAGUAACACACAAGAAUAUCCAAAGGGUGGCAUGAAUGUUAUAAAGCCUAAUUAUAUAGAUCCACCUUCUCCUAUAGUUUUAAAAAAUACACAAGUUCUUCCACAAUUAUAUAUAAGACAGCCACCUACAGUUAUAGUAACAAAUGAAUCCAGACCACCAUUAGUUAUUAACCCACCCCCUGCUAAUGUCAUAUUAAAAAAUAAAGCUCCACAACCUAUAUAUGUAAAUAGCACUAGACCAAACAUAAUAAUAAAAAACGACCCACCAUCGACUCAGAACCCAAUAAAUAUGGAUACAACCCCUAUUCAAUUAGAUGCAAUGCCUGAUAAUCGUGAAAAUGCAAUUAAUAGUUCUAUAAAAUAUCCAUCCAUAGCUAAUAUUCAAACAGAUGUAAAUAUUCUACCAAAUUCGAUUCCAACAAAUGUUUUACACCUCGAAAAUAAUACUAAUGGUUAUAUGGCUCCACAAAAUAUUCCAAACAUUUAUAUGCUCAACAACAAUAGUGCCAAACCACAAGUUUUGUAUCAAAAUGGAUUACCCGUAUCUACAGUUAAUGCAAUUAAUCCGGAUUCCCCUAUUAACAAUGUAAUAUACGAAAAAGGAAUAUUCGAUUUUAAAAAUACUGUAUUUAAUCCUGUUGGGCUAGCUAAUUCUGCUACGAUUCAACCUAACUAUUCUCAACUUCUUCCUCAAGUGUUCCAAACUUCUACUCAAUUUCCACAACCCAUUCCUCAAUAUUGUCAAGCUUCUCCUCAAAUCUCUCAACCCACUCUACAAUAUUACCAAGUUGCAUCUCAAACUUCUCAACCCAUUCUACAAUCUUGCCAAGCUACACCCCAAUUUUCUCAACCUGUUCUACAAUCUUACCAAAAUAUUCCCCAAAUUUCUUCCCCCCUUCUGCAACCUUGCCAAAAUAACAACUUAUUAAAUCAAGUAACGAUUCCAAAUUCUUUAUUGCAGGUCGUUCCAAAUCAGCAAGUUCACCAAUCGAUACCUCAAGGAGUCCAAUCUUUCCCUCAAUCAGGAGUAGUACACAAUGUUUCACAACCACAUGGGUUAGUUCAGCCUCAACAAUACUCAGUACCACAAGCAAUGCAAUAUGCCAACCCAAAUUAUCAAAUGCAUAAUAGUGUAAAUUUACAGCCAAUUGGUUAUGAAAAAGAAAUACAACAGUACAAUUAUUUAAAUACAUCUCCUCAGGUAAUUAAUCAAAAUUAUAUGCCUUCAUAUACUGAUAUGGGAUUACAAAUGAGAAAUAGCGUUAUACCUAGAAAUGGAUCAAUAGUACCAAACAAUAUAGUGCAAUCAGAGGCUCAUAUGGGAAAAUAUGGUAGUCAUCCAAUGAAUAGAAAUAGUGCAAACAUUCCUGUAAUGCAAAAUUCAUAUAACUCAUUAGAAAAUGUAGCUACAUGUGGAGCCAUAGGUUGUGGUACAAAACAAAAAACAUCUCCCGUGACCCCUUUAAGAAGAAGAAGUACAUACAUAAAUUUAAAACAAAAUUUUGUUCGUCCUCCCUCCAAAAGUGUUCAAAUAGUUUCUCAGCCCGCAAUCAAUAGGAACUCAAGAGUCUAUAGCACUUAUCGAUGA